AUGGCUGGCGCAGACCAGCGUGAGGCCCUCAAAGCGGCGUCGGAGGCGGCGGACCCGAGGGUGUUGCAGGCGGCCAUUGAGGCGGCUGAGGCUUGCAGCCUGCCAGAGAAGGACCUGCUGCAGCCGCGGCAAGUCUUGGCGGAGCUGAAGAUGCGAGAAGAAGCAGGUGCUGCUUUGGUUAAAGCAGCGGCUGGAAAGGACAUGGAGGUCCUGGAAUCGGCCAUCGCAAAGGCCAAAGCGAGCCUGGUGCCGGACUCCGCCUCUGCUGAAGCAGAGAUCAAGUUGCAGGAGCUGCGACAAGUCGCGGAGUGUGAGGCUGCGACAGCUGCGCUGCAUGCGGCAUUGGAGGCAGCAGAUGAGAAGGCGUUGCAGGCAGCCGUUGUGAAGGCGGAGGCUUGCAGCCUGCCGGAGAAGGAACUGCUGCAGCCGCGGCAAAUCUUGGGGGAGCUGAAGAUGCGAGAAGAAGCAGGUGCUGCUUUGGUUAAAGCGGCGGCUGGAAGCGACAUGGAGGUCCUGGAAUCGGCCAUCGCAAAGGCCAAAGCGAGCCUGGUGCCGGACUCCGCCACUGCUGAAGCAGAGAUCAAGUUGCAGGAGCUGCGACAAGUCGCGGAGUGUGAGGCUGCGACAGCUGCGCUGCAUGCGGCAUUGGAGGCAGCAGAUGAGAAGGCGUUGCAGGCAGCCGUUGUGAAGGCGGAGGCUUGCAGCCUGCCGGAGAAGGAACUGCUGCAGUCGCGGCAAGUCUUGGCGGAGCUGAAGAUGCGAGAAGAAGCAGGUGCUGCUUUGGUUAAAGCGGCGGCUGGAAACGACAUGGAGGAGCCGGAGAUGCCGACCCCGGCAGAGUCAGGAGUUUCCACUUACGCCGUUUCCACCUGCGACAUGGUCAAGAUGGACGACUCUGAUGAGGAGCGCAGCCCAUAUGGAGGGGUGGUGGACGCGGUGGACGAGUGGUUCACCGAGGAAGGGCCGAAGCGUGAGGAGGGCCAGGGGAGCACCCAGCGCUUUCGCCUCGAUGAGAAGGAGGCGCAUCGCACCUCCAUCCGAGAUUUGGAUAGCUUCGACCUUUUCUUCAAUACUCCGGAGCCGGUUGCUCCUGCAUCGAGCGCGAGGCGGGUGAACCGGAACCUGCUGCUGGAGAUGGAGACGGAGACGAGCAGCGGCAGCUCCAGCUCGCAGGAGUGGAGCACCGGAAGCCCGGCAUUGGAGCCGGAGCUUCCUCAGAAGGUGGUGAAGUGGUCGAGCACGGGCAGCGGCAAGGGCAAGGAAUGCACGCAUCCCAAGCCAAAGGCCCCGGGCAAAGGCGGCAAGGUCCCGCUGCUGCCGCACCAGAUGUUGCAGAGGGAGCUGCAGGAAAGGAUCGACCGGGGCGAGAUCAGUCCGAUCCCGCACAAGGGAGAAGUCUCGCACCUGCUGCAUCCUGCACCCGCGAAGGGCAAGGGCAAGAAGAAGGGGGAGAAAGGUGAGAAGGUGGCAUCAGAGGAGAGCAAGGAGAAUGAGGAGGGCAAAGAAAAGGAGGGCAAGGAGAAUGAGGAGGGCAAAGAAAAAGAGCCGAAGGGCAAGGGCAAGGGUCCCAAAGGUCCUCCGCUGCCUGCGGCCAAAGCUGCCGCUGCGCCGAGCGACACGGCCCCGCCCAAAGGCACAGGUAAGGGCCCCGGCAAGGGAGGCAAGGGCCCGACGAAAGGCCCGCCCAUGGCCAAGGCCAAGGCCGGCUUCGGCUCGCCCGCGGCCAAGGCCAAGGUUGGUGUGAAGCGCCUAGAGGGCGUUGCUCCGCUGGGCAAAAAGAUCCACUGGGGGGCCCACUACGAGGAGCCCCAUGACGAGUCGGUCUUCAAAUCCCUGAACGACGGCGUGAGCUUCAACUCGGAACUCUUGAAGGCCAUGCUGAGCACGGACAGUGAGUCCAAGCCCAUGGCAAGGCGCAAGAGUAUGACCAAGAAGCCCACAGGAAUCAGCAUCCUGGACGGCCCAAGGGCUCAGAACUUGGCCAUCGUCAUGAGCAAGAUGAAGGUGUCCACUGAGGAGUUCUGCCAGAAUCUCAAGGACCUCAACUUUCAAAAUGACGUCAUGAGCCCCGAUGACGUCGAGUUGCUCAUCCACGUCCUACCGACGCCGGAAGAGUCGAAGAAGCUGAUUGAGUACAAGGACAGAGUGCAGGACUUACGAGAUGUGGAGCAGGUGGUGAUGCCCUUUUGCGUGCUCCACAAGGGGGUGAUACGCAUGAAGGUGGCAAAGUUCGCCUUAUCCCAUGCCGCCACCUUCGAUGGAGUCAAGAACCGGUGCGAGGUGCUGCAGCAAGCAUCCGAGCAGGUGCGCACAAGCCGCGAAUUCCGGGAGUUGCUCAGUGUGGUGCUGCGGGCCGGGAAUUACAUCAACCACGGGGUGGACGAGGUGAAGGAGGGCACGAUCCGCGCCAUCAGCGUGGACUCCCUGUCCCAGCUGGCGUCCUUCAAGACCGGGGCGGUGUCCACGAUGCACUUUUUGGCCCUCUCCAUGGGCUCCAAGGAUCCUGACUUCUUGCAGGCUCUCAAGGCGUCCCUGACGAGCGUGCACGAGGCGGCCAAGGAGAAGUCUGCGACGCUGAGAUCCUCCAUCGAGGCUUUUGGCAAGGAUGUGGACAUGGCGGAGCAGCAGUUGAAGAUGCUUUUGGAGCCGGAGGGAGAGGCAGCGCCCACCGGCCGAGAGGAACUCCUCAAGUUGAUGGAGGAGUGGUCUGAGGAGAAGGUUCAGCUGCGGAAGGUGGGUGACGAGGCCUUCGCCGCGUGCCUCGAGACGCAGAAGUUCUUUUCCAUUUCGCAGAAAACGGAGAAGCUGCCUCCGAGCGAAGCAUUUUUCCAGCACAUCGCCAACUUCCUGGAUGCCUUCCAGGAGGCUUGGUUGGAGAUCGAGAAGUUUCCCAAGAAGUGGGAGGAGUUCGCAACCACGGCAGGCUUUCGGCUUCGCGUGCAGCGCAAGUCGAUGCCUGCGACGUCCUCUUCCUCCGGCCCGGCGCAGUCCCCGCGUCUCUCCGACUCCUCCGGCGCAGGCAUGCGGAUGCGGCGCCAGAGCACGAUGAGCCAGACACGGCGGCCUCGCGCCCCAAGAGAGACAAUGCGAAGGUCCAGUGCCUUCGCGGCGAGCUUUGAGGAUGUGCGCACUCCACCAAAGGAGGUUUGCCGGGGCGUCCUCAACUCCGUGUACACGGCGGUCGCUCGAAAGAGAAAACUGGAGAGCGAUUUUUCCGGGGCGAUGGCCUGCGGCAACCUCACGCUGGAGCCGGGAGCCGCGUCGGUGGGGGACCGGUGCCGCAGCCCAGGCGGUGGCUGGAGUUGCCCCGCAGGGUGCGUGGAAACCGCAGGAGCCGCGCCCUUCUGCCGCGCGCUGUCGGACUUCCGUUGCGCCGGGCCCUGCCGCGCGGCUUCGGAGAGUCCCGCGGGCGGCUGCUUCUCGGCGGGGCGGUACGAGGAAGACCUCCGCCUUGAGGCGCAGACGCACAGCUUCUCGGCGUGUCAGCAGCGCUGCAGAGACGCGGCGGGCUGCGCCUUCUUCUCCUGGCGUGAAGGCACCUGUCGGCUGCACGGGAAGGACGCUUCGUUCAUCGCCGGCGCAAGCCACGUGAGCGGUCCUGCCAGCUGCCGGCCCAGCGACCAGCAGGCGGCUUUGGCUCAGCUGGUGCCCCUAGACGCGCUGCCGCUCGUGGUGCGGGGCAGCUAUCUGCUGGACCAGCGCCAGCAGCGGCGAACGCUGGCCUGCGUCAACUGGUACGGUGCGCACAUGGAGAUGUUGGUGAACAACGGCCUCAACGUCAUGUCGUUAGCGGAGGUUGCCUAUUCCAUCGUGGACUUGCAGUUCAACUGUGUGCGGCUCCCCUACAGCCUGGAUUUCUUGAACCUCACAAGCGAGGACAUUCCGGGCAAGGACCAGUCUUUGUGCCACAACCCCGAGCUGCAGGCGCUGACUCCGUUAGAGAUCUUCGAUGCCAAAGUGCAGGCGUUGACGGAUGCAGGCCUCGUGGUGAUCCUGAACAACCACGUCUCCCAUCGCGGCUGGUGCUGUUCGGCGGACGACGGGGAGGGCCUUUGGUACACCAAGACCUUUACGGAGGCCCAGUGGUUGGCGCAUCUGGGCAUGCUGACCCGGCGCUAUCGCACCAAUCCCAGGGUCGUGGGCUUCGACAUCCGCAACGAGAUCCGCAGCGGCGCGGAGGGGGUGCCCAUCUGGGCCCCACCAUCCGCGGCAGAAGAUGAGAAGGAGAACUGGGCGGUGGCCGCCAAGAAAGGCAGCCUCGAGGUGCUAGCGGCAAACUCGGAUAUGCUGGUGAUAGUCUCGGCACUGGAGUACAGCAUGUACCUCUGCGACGUUCCGAGAUAUCCCCUCCACAUGGAGCCAGCGCUACAAGGGCGCUUGAUCUACACAGCUCACGAGUAUGACUGGUACCUGAGCCCAGCGCAGACGCUGCAAGAGUCGGUGAGGGUCGCCAACAUCGUGGAGCUCGCUUUGCUGCUCCUUUCAAUCGCCAUGGCACUAGCCUGUGCGCCCAAGUUUGGGCGGCUCCGUUUCGGCAAGAGCUGGGCGAAGCAGGCAGUGCUGGCGAUGGUUUGCGUGAGCUCCUUCCUGUGCGCAGAGUUGGCACUGCCCGAACUGGUGGGGCCCUGCGGUCAGGUCCCUUCGGAGGUGGUGGUCUCAGGGGCUCUCUUCCUGCUGUGGCUCCCCGGAGCCUUCUUCACCGUCCGCCUGCCCUGGCUGCUUCUGCUUCAGCUCAGAGCCAGGCAAGAGGUCCCCUCCUCUGCGCCUUCGUCGCCCUUGCCGACCCCUAAGGACACAGAAGCGGCUCCGGACCGUCUCGGGGUGCACGGCGAGAUGCAAGCGAUGUACGUAGAAGGACCUCCCGAGGUGGAGGCCCCGCGAGGCCACCAGCCGCCUUGGAGGCUCUUCGCCUCGCGGAGUCGCGCGACCUUGGUGCUGGCCAUGAUCUUUGUGUUCAGCGCCAACCUCGCGGUGCUGAUUCACCUCACCUCCUACGAGGCGUGGCGCAGCCACCUCGACUCGCGCUGGGGCUUCCUCUUGAAGUCGGAGGAGCACCGAGCCGACGUGGCGGCGGUAUGGCUCGGGGAAUUCGGUACCGCCACCGACUCCUCGUGGUGGCGUAGCAUGCUGCGCUACUUGGAGGAACGGCCUGUGGUGGGCUGGGCCUAUUGGCCCUUGAAUGGCGAGAAGAGGCCAGGCGAGGAUGAGAGCUAUGGUCUUCUGAAUGCAGACAUGCGGACUGUGAGGCACCCCUGGAAGCUGCAGAGCCUACAAGACCUGCUGCGCGCAACUCGCUGAGCCGGUGCCGAUGUGUUUUUUCCUGCGGCGAGCUGAUGAGCCCAAAAUGAUCAUGGGCUGGGGUAUAUCUUCGGGCGCCGACUCAAUGACUGGACCCCGUCCAGCCGACUCGACGCCGAAGGAGUUGCGAGUUGCCGAAGCCGACGAACAGACGUGAAUGGUCGAAACUCGCGCCUGGGGGUGGUUGCGCCUGUGAAUUCGCCA